AACAACUGCUACUACCUACUGUGUAUGUAAAGAGUGACUUGAGCUUUGCAAAGAGCACAUACAUACGGGAUAGUUGAUUCAACCUGGUCUCUCUCUGAGUUCUGGAUAACAGAAGGUCCUCUUGCUUGGUACAUUUACUCUGUUAAGUGCAAAUACUGCAUAGAUGCAUCCUCCCGAGUGGCGCCAUCCACACAGACUCCACCGGCAGAAUACUAGGUACAGGCUCUCAAAACUUCUUCGGUAGUGCAUCACGCAUAGCGCAGCGAGCACCGCGUCCCUCCAGCAUAUGCCCGUUUGCUCCAUUGCGCGAGUCGGACAAACAAUGGUGCAGCCGGCUCUCUGAACAAUCCACUACAGCGCUGUUGUGCCUGUCUCGAACCGUGCCUCGACAGUCGUUGUUGUCACUCGUAACACGGACACGGGCGCCGUCGCCAUAUAUCUUCUCGGGAGCAAAUGACACUUGUCGCGUAGUCAAGUUCAUAGCACUGCAGCACAUUCCAUACACCGCAGGCGACCUCUCUUUCUUAUCAGCGAGCCCUAUACCAUUCCACAUGUGUUAGGAGAAUCGCGACGCCAUUGGUUUCUAACAUGGCGACUCUUACUCCGGCCCAGCUCGAACUAGCGAGUUCUCUUACUCAGGAUGAGCUGCCCACUAAGCUGCGAUGCGCUAUUUGCAGUAAGCUGGCUGUGAAUGCUUUCCGGUUACCAUGUUGUGAAACCGCUAUUUGCGAGAACUGCCAAGCUACCCUGCCAUCCUCUUGUCCAGUUUGCGAGCACACUCCCGUCUCAGGGGCCGAUUGUACCGUCUACAAAUCGCUCCGAACCACUAUCAGGGUUUUCCUCAAGACAGAGGAGAGAAGGCGCGAGGCUACACGGCCCAAGACUGAUGUCUCUGCGCCCACGACUCCUGUUCAAGUGACUCCGACCCCGACUCCCACGCAGAAUCAAGGACCAGCAGAGCCCCCUGCUCCAGAACCUACUGCUCCAGAGCACACCGAGUCGGAACAUCCACAAGAUGUAGUCAUGCCACUCGUACCAAGCGCCGAAUCCUCAGCUAAAAACGAGAACAAGAGGGUCAAUGACGAAGUCACUAAUGACCAGCCAGACACAACGGAGGGUAAUGGCAAUCAAGCCGAGGAACAAAAUACUGAGGUUGAAGGAGCAGAGGAACUUGGUCCACAAGGCCAGGGGACCGAGGAAAUCACGGGUGAAGAUGGAGAAAAGGAUGAUGCCGUGGCUGAAACUGGCGCAGAUCAAUCAGAACAAUCUGGCAUGAAUUUUGGUUUCGACCCCAUGAAUAAUAAUUUCAAUAUGAAUUUCGGCAAUGGAGACAUGACCCAAAUGCAGAUGAUGAUGGCAAUGCAAAAUGGCAUGAACCCCACCGCAUUCGGUUCAUUCCCUAUGAUGGGAAUGAUGGAUCCCAUGAUGAUGCAAAACAUGAUGAUGAAUGGUGGUUUCGGUGCACAAGGCAUGGGCAUGAACGGCAUGAACAUGAACAUGGGCAUGAAUGGGUUCAAUGGCGGCGAUGACUGGAACGGACAACAAUCAUGGAACGUCGGCCAAGAUAAUUUCAAUCCAAAUGCUACUGGCAUGGGUAAUGGUGACUUUGGCAACUUUAACACAAAUUUUCGUGCUGGUAAUUACAGCCACCACAAUCACUUCAAUGACAAUCGCCGAGGCAACUAUGGCUUCCGAGGAAGAGGCCGUGGUCGUGGGUAUUACGGGGGUUAUGGCCGUGGUUACCACCACAAUUAUAACCACCAAGGUAAUGCUUGGACUAAUGGUCAAUACAAUGGAACAUCGCAGGCGGUCGACACCACAUCAGGCAAUGUUGAUGAAUUUGGAAGGACAAUACGGGCAGACCAAUCCCAAGAGGGGCAGCCAGUGGGUCAGGAUGGACAGAAUACUGUUACUCUACAGGGAGACGACGGCGGGGCAUCAGAGACACAAAAUCAAGUAGUCAAGGAGCGUGUACCUGGAUCCGAAGAGACUCAAGGUGACAACACGAGUCCCGAUGGUGAUGUCUCUGCUAUGCAUCCACGGGCCAGUGACGCUGGGCCGCCGCCACAGCGAGUUGUUCCCGAUGUCCCUUUAAAUGCACCUACUGGUCCCAAGGCAAUGCGCCAGGGUCUUCCUAACACUAGCCUUUAUCAUCUAAAAGCACGUGGUUAUAUUAUGGAUGAGAAAUCUCCCAGUAUCAGCACUAACGGUCCCAUCGUGGCCAGUCCCAUUGAAGAGACGACCAAGUCGCGGAGUAGUUCCCCGCAAGACAAAGAUCGACAUCUUCAUAACGACCAACAAGAGCAUGGCGUAGAUGCAAAAGAUCCAGCAAAGGACCCUGAUAGGGGCCGUGAGCGCUCACGAAGUCAUAGCAUAUCAAAGACUCAAAGUCCUAUCCACAGUCGCAGUCGAAGUCGCAGCCGCAGCCGCAGUCGCGAUCGUAAAGAGUCCCAUAGGCACAGACGCCAUCGCUCUCCAUCUGUCUCGGAUCUAAGCCGCGAUAGUGACCGGCGUAGAAAACAUAGAAGCAAGCGGCGCUCUACUAGAGAAGAGGAUGACCACAAAAGCCGCUCAAGGGCUGAUAAAUAUGAGGAGCGAUCUAGAUCCGCAUCCCCGACGGAACGCGACCACAAGCGCUCAAGUCACCGCAGUCGUCGAGAACGGGACCGGGAUCGGGAUCGGGAUCGGGAUCGAGAACGGGAGCGAGAACGAGAUCGCGACCGUGACCGUGAUCGUGACCGGGAUAGAGACAGGGAGCGAGAACGGGAUCGUGACCGUGAUGAAAAGCGGCGGGACCGCGAGAAAGAUAAGGGUAAGGAUAGUGAUCACGACCGUCACCGAAAACCUAGUCAUCGCUCAUCUCAUCGUGAUCGUGACGAUGAUAGGGAUCGAGACAGGGACCGAGGGAAAGACCGAGACCGUGCACGAGAGAAGGAACGGUCUCGUGAGUUCGAUAAAGACCUUCGAAACCACGAUAGCAAAGUACCGAGAGAUGGACCUCCCACGCCAGUAGAACCAUCAGAAAAGGGCUUCAAUCCUCCUUCCGGCCCCAGGGGUAGCUUUUCAAUCAAAGGCGCCGGCAGUAAACCCAGCCUUGAGAUUAGAGGAGCCAGUGGCCGCUCCUCUGACAUGCAAAGACGUGAAAGCGAGGCGAGCCGCCGCGCUUCGCAAUCUUCCACCACUGGUGGUUCAAAGUCUACCCCUAGUAUGCCGGCCAAAGAUCCACAUACGCUUGAGCGAGAAGCUCGGGAUAGAGAGCGCCUUUUAAAGGAAGCCCAACGCAUCGCUGGUAUGGCCGGACUUGCUGGUCGAAAUAGUGGAAAGCGUAGCCGUGACUCCACUGAUGACCGAGGCGGCCGCAGGAAGCGCCGCAGUGAGCCCGUCGUUGAUGAUGAAGAGCGCAUGAGACGCAUAGAAGCAGAGCGAGAGGGCCGCCGCUGGGAUUAGAUUCCGGAGGUUUGGCAGCUUGAGUAGGAAAAAAGAGAGAAAAGGUCACCUCAUGAAGGCGAAUUGGAAGGGGAUGGGUCAAACCGAAAAUUGAGCACAUAAUUACAUUCCUCUGUGGCAAUCAACAGAGGGAUGAAAUGCCAACAAGCACUGUCCCAAAUCAGCCAAGUCUGCUCAAGUAAAAUUUCGCUGGAGUUCUACUUGACGAUCUCUCCAGGUAAUUUGUUGUACUAUCUGUUCAUGGUGUUUGCUAAUGUCAACGCUCCUCAAAGAAUGAUGGUUACGUUGCGUCUUGGGUCAUGCUUCACUGGGGACAGAACGGGUAGCAUCCUGCGAGACAGGCAACUCCACACUAACAUAGAAUAGAGAUCGAUUACUUUCUCAUGUAUAUCAGAUCAAGUAUAAUACAGUAACUGGCCACGGGCUGUGUUCAUGAAA